ACCCUCCUUGGCGCUUUCCAUCACUUGCAGCGGCGGCGGCAGCGGACGCGGACGGCAAGAAACUUGCGCAAAUUGGCUCGCUGUGGAUUUCGCUGUCGCUUUAGGUUAUUUCAAGCCUUCGUCUCGAUCUAGUGGAACACUUUGUGGUCCGGUUUUGAUAAAGACGAGGAAGAACGGAGCAAAAAAAAAAAAAAGAGAGAGAGAAGCGCGUCUGACUGGCGGGAAGAGAGAAAGCAAGGAGUCUUCGGGCAUGGCUCUGCGUCUUAAUUGACGCAAACUGUGGUUGUGCCUCCGCGUAAAAAAAAAAAAAAAAAACAACAAAAACGAAAAGGAGGUUGAGCCUGUAGUUACUUCUUUAUUAUUAUUUUUUUAAAGACUACAUUAUUUGAAAACAGCCUAUCGGAUCUUCAAGUGGGGGACCGAAUGCACGCUCCUUCAGACAGCGGCGAAUUGCUCCCUGCCAAGUUCUCGCUCAACUAGUUGAGUUGAUCAUUGAUUUACGUUUUAUUUAUUUUUUUUUUUUUAUUUUAUUUUUUACACUGCGCACUUUGGCUCCGUUGGCGAGGAUAUGGCCAACGCCGGGCUAGAAAGAAGAGCGCACUCGGGGGCUGCGAGAGGAAACAGGAGCUGAAUGACAGGAUGCCAGCGACCACCUGAAGCCCAAAACUCAGCAGCUUCACGACAAGUGACAUUUUCUGAGUUGAUUUCUUUGACCGCUGCCAAGCUAAAACAAGACAACUUUCCAGCAAGAAGGCGUUCGGAUGAGUUUAUCUGGGAUUUUUUCUUUUGCUAAUUUUAUUUUGGGGUUGACAAAACAAGGAUGCAUUGUGGAUUAGUUUUUGUCCUGUGGAUGGGAUUCAUCUUGCUGGCCAAGGCUCUCAAAAACGACAAAUGUGGAGGCAACAUCCGAAUCUCCAAUGCCAACUACCUCACCUCUCCCGGGUACCCCCAGUCCUACACCUCCUCCCAGCGCUGCACUUGGGUGAUCUCGGCCCCCGGCCCCCACCAGCGGAUCCUCAUCAACUUCAAUCCCCAUUUUGACCUGGAGGAUCGGGAGUGCAAGUAUGACUAUGUGGAGGUGCGAGACGGCAUGGACGAGAGUGGUCAGCUUGUUGGCAAGUACUGUGGCAAGAUCGCCCCCUCUCCUGUGGUCUCCUCCGGAAACCAGCUCUUCAUCAAGUUUGUCUCAGACUACGAGACCCACGGAGCAGGUUUCUCCAUACGAUACGAGAUCUUCAAGACAGGUCCUGAAUGCUCCAGGAACUUCACCUCUAAUAGCGGUAUCAUAAAAUCUCCAGGCUUUCCUGAAAAGUACCCCAACAACUUGGACUGUACAUUUAUGAUAUUUGCCCCAAGGAUGUCAGAAAUUAUUUUGGAGUUUGAGAGCUUUGAGCUGGAGCCUGACCAAACGCCUCCGACUGGGGUGUUCUGUCGUUAUGACCGUCUGGAGAUCUGGGAUGGCUUUCCUGGAGUUGGACCAUAUAUUGGGAGGUACUGUGGACAGAACACUCCAGGAAGAAUCAUCUCUUACACCGGCAUCCUGGCACUUACAAUCAACACUGACAGUGCCAUCGCCAGGGAGGGGUUUUCUGCCAACUUCACAGUCAUCGAAAGGACCGUUCCAGAGGACUUUGACUGCAGUGACCCCUUGGGAAUGGAAUCAGGCGAGAUAACAUCUGACCAAAUUGUGGCCUCAUCCCAAUACAACCCCAGCUGGUCCCCCGAGCGUUCCAGGCUCAACUACUAUGAAAAUGCAUGGACCCCUGCACAGGACUCAAACAAGGAGUGGAUACAGGUGGACCUUGGGUUCUUAAGAUUUGUCUCAGCCAUCGGUACCCAGGGUGCAGUUUCCCAGGAGACGCGGAGGACUUACUUUGUCAAGUCCUACAAAGUGGACGUCAGUUCAAAUGGAGAGGAUUGGAUUACGCUAAAGGAGGGCUCGAAACAAAAGGUUUUCCAAGGUAACACCAACCCAACAGACAUUACAAAGACGAUGAUGCCCAAACCCACUCUGACGCGCUUCAUCCGCAUCCGUCCCGUUACCUGGGAAACAGGCAUUGCGCUGCGCUUUGAAGUGUAUGGCUGUAAGAUAUCAGAGUACCCAUGCUCUGGCAUGCUGGGCAUGGUAUCAGGAUUGAUCACCGACAACCAAAUUACUGCAUCGUCUCACACCGACCGGAGCUGGGUACCGGAGAACGCUCGUCUGCUGACGAGCCGGACGGGUUGGACCCUGCUGCCUCAGCCCCAGCCCUUCACCAGGGAAUGGAUACAGGUGGAUCUUGGGGAGGAGAAAGUGGUGAAGGGAUUAAUCAUUCAGGGAGGGAAGCACCGUGAGAACAAGGUCUUCAUGAAGAAGUUCCGCCUCGGCCACAGCAACAACGGGUCAGACUGGAAAAUGGUUUUGGACACCAAUGGAAACAAGCCAAAGAUUUUUGAAGGGAAUAGCAACUAUGACACUCCUGAGCUGAGGACGGUGGAACCCCUGCUGACCCGUUUCAUCCGAAUCUACCCAGACAGGGCCACCGCUACUGGAAUGGGCCUGCGACUAGAGCUCCUGGGCUGUGAUAUUGAAGCUCCCACGGUCCCUCCUUCCACGACUCUUCCUAGCAGUUCCCCGUCAGACGAAUGCGACGAUGACCAGGCAAACUGCCACAGUGGCACAGGUGAUGACUACGAUAUCACAGGUGGAACAACAACAGAGAUCACAACUGCUGCAGCGGAUAUCAUCCCAGAUUUUCUGUGGUUUGCCUGCGACUUCGGGUGGGCCAAUGACCCAUCCUUCUGCAGGUGGACUUCUGAAGACACUGGUUCUCGGUGGCAAAUCCAGUCUAGCGGAACUCCCACCCUCAACACCGGACCCAACAUGGACCAUACAGGUGGCUCAGGAAAUUUCAUCUACACCUUGGCGACUGGUUUACAAGAGACAGAGGUGGCGCGGCUGGUCAGCCCCCAGGUCAAUUCCCAAGAGGCUGACCUGUGUGUGUCAUUCUGGUACCACAUGUUUGGGUCACACAUUGGUACACUGCAUAUCAAACAGCGCAAACAGACUGUUGAUGGACCCAUUGACAUCCUGCUCUGGACCGUCAGCGGUCACCAGGGUAACCGCUGGAGGGAAGGCCGUGUCCUCCUGCCACGUACAAACCAGCCAUAUCAGGUGGUGAUUGAGGGCUUGGUAGAGAGAAAGAGCAGGGGUGACAUUGCAGUGGAUGACAUCAAGGUUCUCAGUGGCCUCAUGGCAACAGACUGUAAAGAUCCAGAUGUUCCCACGGAGCCAAUGCUCCCAGAGGAUCGCUUCAAUGAAAUCAUCGAGGAGAUUACGGAAUACCCGGACUUUGUGGAGACCAACCAGAUCAGCGGCGCUGGCAGCAUGUUAAAGACACUUGACCCUAUUCUCAUCACCAUCAUCGCAAUGUCCGCCCUGGGCGUUUUCUUGGGCGCCAUUUGCGGCGUUGUCCUUUACUGCGCCUGCUCGCACGGAGGCAUGUCGGAAAGGAACUUAUCAGCCCUGGAAAAUUAUAACUUUGAACUGGUGGAUGGCGUCAAGUUAAAGAAAGACAAACUUAAUGUGCAGAGCUCAUACACAGAGGCGUGAGACACGAACCGGUGCGUUCAUGUGACUUUGCGAUGUGCACAGCGUUGAGAGCGUGCACAGGACACACUGUAGCUACAUCUUCUCGUAUAUCCGUACGAGAAGGAGGACUCGAAUGACCGUCCAUCACCCUCAGCUUUCUGGAUGAGGGAUGGAUUCAGGAACAGACGGGAGGUUUGAACUAAUCCACGCAUUUCUCAGGAGCUGCAGUAAAAAGAACCUACCAGUAGGGGACACUGUGUACAAAAAUGAAUACAGGAAGAAGAAAAAAAUAUGUACAGAUACGUAGAUUAAAUUUUAAUUUUCUAUUUUGAUUUUCCAUUCAUUUUUACAAUCGGAUGCUGGUGUUGAGACCAAUUUAUUAAUAAUGUUCAAAGUAUUUAUCAUUUUCUGGAAAAUAAAUGAUUUUUGUUCCAUUUGAGUUCAUGAAGGUGAUAAAUUUCAAGUUUUGAAAUUAAAGCCCUCAGUGAAUCAUAUCUGGCAAAACUAUAUAAAAAAUUGCCUAUAUUAUGGCAUACAGGGUGUGCUCAUAAUCCAUGAAUCGAAUAUAUGUACCCAUCCCAUCCCCUUUGAACCUCCCUCACUCCAAAAUGAAAGUCGCAUCCAUGGGAAUUUAUGGGUCUGAUAGUGCCUUUAAGACAUAUCAGAUGGUCUCCUCUUUAGAUUUUUUUUUUUACUUAAUUUAUGAUGAAGGGCAGAAAACAGGGGCACAUGAUCAUACAAGUACCUGCAAAAUGCUAUCAAAUCUUUCAAUCUCAUGUCAUUGUUUUAUUUGUUUGUGUCUGAAAACCACGCACUGUAAAUAUGUUCUAAUAUAUUUUAUUGUCCUUUUUUCUAAAGAAAGCGAUAAGAAAAAAAUCUGCCUUUCUUUCAUUGCGUGUCAGUGUGCAAAUCACGAAUGUGUGUGUAAAUAUAUAAUCACCUGACUGUUUUGUGGAGGGCACAGUGUUAACGUUUAUUUUGACAUUUUUGUGAACAUGUUCUGAGGAUUGACGCAAACAUUCAGGCCAAGUCUCAUCGCAACAGCCACUUCAUUAAAACCAAUGAUGGAUGAAUGAGUUAAAAAAAAAAAGAAGAAAAAAAAUUAAAACACCCCCUAAAAACUGAAAGAAUAUGAAUUUCCGGCGCUUUUUGACAUCCACUUAAUUGCAUUACCAUCUGUCUCACGUAGCUCUCAUAACAUAUUCAUUUUGUUGGUAGAGCCACCAACAUACCAAAAAAAAAAAAAAAUUAAAAUGCAACAAUCAUUUUUGCUUUACCACCUCUAAAUGUCACUGUGGAUUGCUCACUGAGGAAAAGCUAUGUGGACAAUGCAGCUUGUGUGCACUUUGUUACUGAUUCCCUCCUGAUAGAACUCUAUUAAACGGGGUGAACUGAAGAAUGGUGCUAUAAUUACUUUAAUCGCACACACAAAGCAGUAGCAGCCAUAAUAAUUCGAUGUCAGGGCUUGAACGUUUGGUGGAAUGGGAGAUUGAGUGAAGUCACCUGAUUCAGGUUACCUGCAUGGUUUCCCUCCAUGACUUUACCAAAGGUUGGUGAUCCCUUUUUUUUUUUCUUCAGUCAGGGUGUUCAGGGGUCAAAGAUCACCAUGAAUCGACAACACACACAAUCAAGAUGGGGAUUAACAAAGAAAGGAAAUGUGUGUGUUUCUGUUGCUUUUUAAGGAACAAGAGGCUCAAUAUCACCUUUGGUGUGAGCGCUCCAGAACCCCGCAGAGAUUCUUGUUUGUGGCUGGUGGGCGUAUGAACUUCGGGGGGAAAUUUACAGCAUCAGGACACGAGAUCCCUGCAGGGAAACCACAAUACUGUCGUGUAUUUUACACACACACAUAAGCAAACUUUACAAUGUGAAAGCAUCCAUCUUUUGCAGUUGUGUUAUUUGUGCAUUGUGCUGUGGUGAACGCAUUCUCGGCUCGUUGCUUUCAGAUUUGAACACGCCACCUUGCUCCACCGCUAGACAUCACAACAUCUGUGCUUUCAGCUCUAGAGAAAAAAAUAAAAUAAAAUAAAAUCUGUAGCUCCAGCAACAUCUGCUGCUUAAGUAGGGGGAAAAGAAUAAUGUAGCGUGGACUCAAAAGAAACAAUGUUGCACUGAUAUUAUAUUUCAAAUACUUGUGUGUUUAUAGCAAAUAUUUGCAAAGAAAAACAAGGAAAGAAGUCGAAAAUAGAGUUAAAAAAACAGAUUGUUGAUACUUUCAUGUUUUUAUAUAUAAUUUCAGGUUAUGUGAUAUAAUUCUGAAAUGUAAAAUACUGAGAUGUUUUCAUUCUUGAAAAAAGAUAGAUUUCCCCUUUCAUUUGAAUGGCAUAUAAACGCCCCAAUUUGUACUGUCAUUACAAUUUUGUGCUUUUUUUUUAAUAAAACAAGAAAAUACGA